UCCUUUUCAAUCAGGGCAGAGAAAAAAAUAAAUAACAACACUGUCAAGAUGGCAGCGGAGUACGAGAGCGUUCAGAAGGGAGGUUUAAAAUUGAAAGGCGUCGACAGUCUAUCGUCUGGAAAAAAGAAAAAGAGGAAGGACAAGGAAAGCAAGAAGCGUAUGGAACAGAUAAUGAACAACCAGGAUGAUGCAAAGGAGUCCAAGAAAACAAACAUUGACAAAAGGACUCCUGCCCAGAUUGCGUUUGAUAAAAUGCAAGAAAAACGGCAAAUGGAAAGAAUAUUAAACAAAGCAUCGAAGACCCAUAAACAGAGAGUUGAGGUAAGAGAAAAAACACGAUUUUAUACUUUUUAGGCAUCAAUGUCUUUG